AUGAAGGUUAUCUUGAACGCUGCAUACAACGUUUUCUUCCACCCCUUGAGCAAAUUUCCGGGAUGCAAACUCCACGCCGCCACACGCUUCGUGAAGGAUGUUAAGCUUCUCCGAGGCACAUUUUCCGAAUCUGCAAAAGAUUUACAUCUCAAGUAUGGUGAAAUCGUGCGAGUGGCCCCCAAUGAGCUGUCGUACAUUGAUCCACGAUUCUACUCAGAUGUGCUCCAGAUAUCAGGAGAGGGUGAGAUGAAGAAGGAGUUCUUCGGUGUCGCCCAAAAGGCACAGUCAAGCCCAGUACCAAACAAAAGCCAUGAUGGCGGGUCCACGGUCGAAUCCAUGACCAUAAUGUCGAAAAAAGACGACCACGAUCGAUUCAGGCGCUUGUUCCAGCCAGCCUUCACCAACGUCGCCCUCAAAGCGCAACACCCGCUUAUCGCCAGCCACGCCGAUCUGGUCGUCGCUCGUCUGACCGAGUCGCACGCUGCUGGGGACAACAUCAACGUCACCGAACUGGCAACCUACUACUCUGUCGAUAUGAUGAGCGAGCUGGUCUUUGGACACUCGCUGGGUCUGCUCGAUGGUAACCCACAGUACGUGAGCUGGGUUCACGCCAUGCUCAGCGGCCUCAGAUGGGUGGUGUUGACGGCCGUGCUGAUGCAAGUCCCCCUGCUCGGGUCCCUACUGCACGCGCUUGCCACAGGGCCGAUGAAGGGCAUCGUCGGUGCACACUAUCGACUCGCCUCCGAGCUGGUCGAUCGACGACUGGACCAGAAACCCGAACAGGCAGGCAAACCCGACGUUUGGAGCUUUGUGAUUGGAAGACAGCAGCAGAGUGAAAAGAGGGGGAAAGGAGUCAAGGGCCUCACGCGCGACGACAUGCACGUCGCCGCCAGCAUGCUGAUGAUUGUAGGUACCGAGACGUCGGCGACCGUCUUGUGCGGGGUUAUGUACUACCUGGGACAAAAGGCGAAUCGCCACGUGCACGACAAGCUGGCUCUUGAGAUCAGGUCGACGAUUCGUCACAGUGAGGAGGUUCACAACGACCCUGGUCUCCUGGUGCGGUUGCCGUAUCUCAACGCUGUCUUGCAGGAGGGGUUGCGAAUGUACAUGCCGGGCGGCAUCACACCACGCGUUGUGCCCGAAGGGGGUGCUACUAUUUGCGGUGAAUAUGUCCCCGCUGGUACCAGAGUUGCAUACCAUUCUCCGGCCGCCUUCAACAGUCCUAUUAAUUUUACUCGAGCAGGCGAGUUUCUACCUGAGAGAUGGCUUAAUCCGGAUGACCCUGAGUUCGCUGGGGAUCGCAGACAGGUUGUACAGCCUUUUUCGGUUGGGCCACGCUCGUGCACUGGGAAGGAUCUCGCCUGGGCUGAGCUUCGAAUGUUUGUUGCCAAGGUCAUCUGGCACUUUGAUGUUGUUGUCUGCCCCGAGUCUGAAGACUGGAUCGUAGGCCAAAAGACGUACAUAUCGUAUCAGAAAGGCCCUAUGAUGUGUAAAUUCACACCAGUCGCCGCGAGGGGUUCCGGUACAAGUAGCGUGCUAUCGUGA